GGUAUGCUUCAUUUUGUAACUCUGUGCACGAGCAACAGCUCGCGCACACACUCGCCAUGGCCGACAAGAAGAGGACCGAACGCAAGGAAAAGAUCCGACGAUGGCUGCAAUCGAUUAUCGAUCGACUCACCAAGGACUGGAAACCGGCUUUGUGCCAGUCACUGUUUACCGAAGCUGAGCUUAUUGAACUUUGCUACCGUGCCAGAGAAACCUUCUGGAGCCAGAAGACUAUGAUAGAGGUUACUGCUCCUGUGCAGAUAUGUGGCGAUAUUCAUGGACAGUAUGAGGAUCUUUUGGCUCUGUUUCAUCUAAAUGGAUUUCCACCAACGAAGAAGUAUCUGUUUCUUGGGGAUUAUGUCGAUCGUGGACCAUACUCACUUGAGGUUAUUGUACUACUUUUUGCUUAUAAGGUUCUUCAUCCGGACGAUAUCACUCUGCUAAGAGGUAAUCAUGAAUCUCGUCCAGUGAAUAUGCAAUACGGUUUCUAUAUGGAAAUAAAAAAGAGAUACUCAGCGACAUUGUACGAGUGCUUCCAAUACGCUUUCUAUACGAUGCCAUUUUGUGCACGAGUUGAAAAACGUAUCCUUUGUAUGCAUGGUGGAAUAAGCGAAGAACUGAUGGAUUUCAAGCAGCUUGAGAAGAUCGAGCGACCAUGCGAUAUACCCGAUAUAGGCGUCAUUGCCGAUCUGACAUGGGCUGAUCCCGAUCCGACCAUAUCCGGAUUUGAGGAGUCUCCCAGGGGGGCCGCUCGGAUUUUUGGUGCAGAUGCAUUGAAGAACUUUUGCAAGUUACACGGCCUUGACUUAGUUGUCAGAGCGCACCAGGUGGUACAAGACGGAUACGAAUUUUUUGCUGAUCGACACCUUGUCACAAUCUUUUCGGCGCCAAAUUAUUGUGGACAGUUUGACAACACUGCUUCAGUAAUGCUUGUCAACAAAGAUUUGAAUUGCACGUUUACACUCCACAAACCAAUUUUGAAGAAGCCUUUGACGGCAUGAUUAGAACAUUUCUCCAACGGUUAAACUAUUAAGAG